CAGGACUAUCUUACUGAGUGUAAUCUCUUUGCUUAAUGAGCCCAACACAUUCUCUCCUGCCAAUGUGGAUGCAUCAGUCAUGUUCAGGAAAUGGAGGGACAGUAAAGGAAAAGACAAAGAGUACGCUGAAAUCAUAAGGAAACAGGUUUUGGCUACCAAAGCUGAGGCAGAGAAGGAUGGCGUGAAGGUCCCCACUACACUGGCAGAGUACUGCAUCAAAACUAAAGUGCCUUCCAAUGACAACAGUUCAGAUUUGCUUUAUGACGACUUGUAUGAUGAUGACAUUGAUGAUGAAGAUGAGGAGGAAGAGGAUGCCGACUGUUACGAUGAUGAUGAUUCUGGCAAUGAGGAGUCGUGACCUGCUCCCUCUAUGCCCCUGUACUGCCCUGUCAACUCAGGCCAGAAGGGAGCAGUGGUAACCUAGCAGCAGUCCAGCAAAAAAGUGGUGGUGGUGGUGGGGGGGAAAUAAAAAAAACUUUGUCUCCUGCUGUCUCCUGUUGUAUGGAUCUGUUUGCUCCUUUUUUAUGGACCUCUUAGAGACCCUUGCAGAAUGUCUGAAUUCUUGCAUUCUUAACCCUUUCAUGACUGUAUUAUGAUUUCUUUUUACAAAACAAACUCCCUUUUUCACUUCUCUACAAAAUGCUCACAGCAAAACAAGUUUGCUUGUGUUUAGAUUCUUGAAUUAAAUACAGUCCUUCAUUGAAAUGUUUAAUGGAACAAAACUGGAACAAACCCAUUGGAAGAUGGCUUUUCAGGAGCUCAA